GUUGUUGUUGUGCGGUAAAAUAUUGAAAAUUGUAAACAAGUCUCGGAAAACAACUUAUAAAAUAAUUUUGAGAUGAGUGAAAUGCCCAAUAUGGGAAAUCCCGCGAUGGUCAACGACGUGUUGGAGCCCCGUCCUUUGCGCCGCAAAAAAUUGCUGGAAAUGGAGAGAUGCGGAAAUCGUAUUGAAAGGCGACAGAAAUGUGGGCCUCCGUUCAAAACCUUCGAGAUGCGGAGUCCGUCUAAUAUCGUUAUCCAACCGGAGUAUCGCUUGGAACGCCCUAAGGAAUUGCUGGAGGGAUCAAGAUCAGCCUCAAACAUACCUCCGAAAAAGAAUUGGCUAACACCUGAAAACAGGGAGCGGACCUGGGAAAGGCCAACAACUCCACCGACGAGCGCCCCGGACAUAGGUUUACCUUUAAGAACCAAAGAGUUCUUGGAGCAACAAAGAUCCAGGCAACGCGAUGCCUCAGCCGCCAAAUUAGCAUACUAUCAAAUACUAUCCUCACCUGCACGUAAUCAGUAUCGCGGUGAACUACUGAAAACCCCAGAGAACAGACCUCCUUCUACUACUUCACUUUCGGAGAUUCGCUUGGAACGACCCAAAGAACCAAAAAAUCGUCUGGAGACAUCCCAGUGCCGAUCAGCAUCUGCUUCUAAACUGCCUUCAAGCAGUGAGUCUCUAACCCCCCAAGAGCCAAAAACACCAGAAAUAAGCAAUUGUCCUCGUUUCCUAGAACCCGGCUGGGAGGCUCGCCCGCUUCGCACAAAGGAAAUUCUCGAGCGGCAGCGCCAGGCAGGCAUAACCAGCCGCUCGGCAUCAGCGUCCAAAAUUGAACCAAAACGAACAAAGGCGGCGGUGCCCGCAUCUAGUUUCACUGCGAGUCGGCUUUUGGUGCCCUCGAUUGGAUUCUCAUACCCUAAGGAUCCCAAGGCCUGCCUCACAUCCACAGCCAGCAAGAAACCGCCGUCGAAACUGGCCAACACAAAGCGCAACCUAUUCCAUCAGAAGGAUGCGUUGCGGCAGAAGCUGGAGAGGAUUACGGAGGAGUGGCAGAGAAUGACCGAGCCACAGGUAAGGCAGUUCAUCGUAGAUUUUGUAAACCUUUGUCUGCCCUCCACUGGUGCAGAAUGUUCGCAUCUGAGUAAAGACUCCUAUGUAAGCCAGAUGAUGGAGGCACUGCAGCAGCUCCAGUUUCCCCGAGAGGUGAACAAAACCUGGCUGCGGAUGCCAAAAAGCCAAAAAGCCAUGAGCCAUGUGUUGGAAAUACUCCGUUUCUUGUUAGAUUUCGCUCACGACGAGGAGAAAGACAAUUUAUGCGUAUUCACCAUUGUUCCAAAUGAGAAGCAAAUUUUAGAGCAGGCUGCCAGGGCAUUUCGCUCCGGCCAAGAGUUCAAAGAACAAAAGAUGGAAGAAUCUUGCACUUCGUCUGACAUAAUCAGCCUACAACAAGAGUCUGAAAAUCUAAAGCUACGGCCUCAAGACCCUGACCUGGGUUCGGAAUUGCAUUCUCUGAAACUUGAGAAGCAGCGUCUUCAAGAGGAGCUAGCCAACUGCCUGGCGGAGAUUAAGUUAUCAACCUCCGAAUCCGCUGAAAAGUUGCAGGAGCUUGCAAAUCUUUACAUGAAAAACCUCUCCAAGGGUCAGCGACUAAGGGAGCUAAAGGAGCAUGUUAGGAAUCAAUCCUGCAGCAUUCAGGAUUACGAAACAAUGCUGGAUCAACGGGAGGAGCUAUCGCACGAGCUGCAGCUUCUUCGGCUGCGUCUCCAGGAAUUUUCGGAACGCCUGAAGCUCAGCCAGCUUAAAUUAAAGCGUUGUCAAAAGGAGCAAAAUGAGAGCAUCGAAGCCUUCAACGUGCACAUACGGGAUUACGAAUAUUCGCUUACUUCAGAGAGCAGCCAUGGAAUGUCCCUGCAGUUGUCCUCGAAUUCCACUCUGGCGGAGGUUGAAGAGGUUAUAGAGCGGCUAAAGGAAAGAAGGGUAUUACCUAUAUCUUUGCCAGUUAAACACAUAUCAUCGACCUACAGGCUUCCUUUGGGGGAAAACAACCACACCCCUCAUUAGAGCCCAUAAAGUUCAAGUUAAUUUAAGCAAAUAUUUGCGUGUUACGUAAGUUACACAAUGAGCCCGCCUAUUAAGCUGCUGGCUCUGUAAUUCCUCCUCGAGUUUCACAGAUUUAUUUAAUUGAAUUUAUCAACUGGAAGCCUCGACAAUUUCCUGGCCUCUGGAUUUAAGUUCGUGUAAUUGACAUUUGAAUGAGUCAUCGACAGCUUGCACUACACUAACUCAAAGAGAAUAGCGGCAGAGUUGAGCCCCUGAACCUUGAAAAAUUAACACAUUUUAAUCCCGAGAAAGCUGGCAAAUGUCAAAAGAAACUUAACUCAUCAGCUCAUUAUUAAAUUCUGUGCAAUUGUAAUAAAUAACUAAGCGUAUGCUACCUCAUUUCUGU